AUGAAGCCUCGAUUAGCGGCAAAUUUGUUCAUUAUUCUAAUCGUGCUCAAUGAGCUGCUCUUCGUCUUCUUGACCCUGGGCAAUCUGUUCAUCUUCCUCGGGGACGAUCAUGACACCGCUGCAGAGGUCGUCUACAUCGCCCGCAUGCUCUGGACCAGUGUAGGCCUCUCUUCGGUCAUGUGCGUCGGCUUCCUCUUCGGCGACGUCAAGUUUGGCACCGGCCUGUUCGCGCCGAUGAUGACGAUGCUCGCCAUUGGGAUGCUCGCCAACGUGUGCAUCGACAUCACAGAAUUGGCUGAUGUGUGGCAGUAUGACGCUGACGAUGAGAUCGCCGUAGCAGACUUCUUCCUGACUGACCUCCUGUCAUUCACUUUCGUGUCUCUUCUCGCCGUUUUCACCUACAAGAAGCAAGCAGAAGCCGAGGAAAUCGUGGCCUUCUUAUCCGGCUGCUCGUUUGAGGAUGCGUGGUCCUCUUGCGCUGAUUGCUUCCGGCUUCGCUACGUCGAGCGCGUGCUGCCACCGCUGCCCUCCUCGGGCGACGAACCAAAUGGUGAGCGCGGCGGACUGCGAAACCGAUGGUCGCGCCUCGACGAGCGCGAAGCCAGCCGAGAGAACGUCCUCGAAGACGAAGACCAGGGCCUAUGA